GCUCGGCGGCGUGUUUGCUGAGAUCUGUGGCCGGCGGCAGCUGGUGCGGGGGGUUGCCGAGAACGCGAGGUGGAGCGGGGCGGUGUGUGGCCGGGGCCAUGACGGGCAAUGCCGGGGAGUGGUGCCUCAUGGAAAGCGACCCCGGGGUCUUCACCGAGCUCAUUAAAGGAUUCGGUUGCCGAGGAGCCCAAGUAGAAGAAAUAUGGAGUUUAGAGCCUGAAAUUUUUGAAAAAUUAAAGCCAGUUCAUGGCUUAAUUUUUCUUUUCAAGUGGCAGCCAGGAGAAGAACCAGCAGGCUCUGUUGUUCAGGAUUCCAGACUUGACACAAUAUUUUUUGCAAAGCAGGUAAUUAACAAUGCAUGUGCCACUCAAGCCAUUGUAAGUGUGUUAUUGAACUGUACCCAUCAAGAUGUUCAUUUAGGAGAGACAUUAUCAGAGUUUAAAGAAUUUUCACAAAGUUUUGAUGCAGCUAUGAAGGGUUUGGCACUGAGCAAUUCAGAUGUGAUUCGACAAGUACACAACAGUUUUGCCAGACAGCAAAUGUUUGAAUUUGAUGCAAAAACAUCAGCCAAAGAAGAAGAUGCUUUUCACUUUGUCAGUUAUGUUCCUGUUAAUGGAAGACUGUAUGAAUUAGAUGGAUUAAGAGAAGGACCAAUUGAUUUAGGUGCUUGCAAUCAAGAUGACUGGAUCAGCGCAGUACGGCCAGUCAUAGAAAAAAGAAUACAAAAGUACAGUGAAGGUGAAAUUCGAUUUAACUUAAUGGCUAUUGUGUCUGACAGAAAAAUGAUUUAUGAACAGAAGAUAGCAGAGUUACAAAGACAACUUGCAGAGGAGGAACCUAUGGAUACAGAUCAGGGUAGUAAUAUGUUAAGUGCUAUUCAAUCAGAAGUUGCCAAAAAUCAGAUGCUUAUUGAAGAAGAAGUACAAAAGUUAAAAAGAUACAAGAUUGAAAAUAUCAGAAGGAAGCAUAAUUAUCUGCCUUUUAUUAUGGAAUUGUUAAAGACUUUAGCAGAACACCAGCAGUUAAUACCUCUUGUAGAAAAGGCAAAAGAAAAACAGAAUGCAAAGAAAGCUCAGGAAACCUAAUGAAGAGGAUGCUUUGGGAUGUGUACACAUUUCUGCUUCUACACUUAUUUUCAUGGCACCAUUAAGUAUAAGGAACUUUGAGCAACAUCCUAAUUGACUCAAUGCACGUUUGGCAAUAGUACCAGUCUGUCUUGUCUUUAAUGCAUGGAUUAAUAAACUUUUCCCCUACCUGCAUCAUGUGCAUGCAGUGCAUAUUAAAUAAAAAUAAUACUGAGAGUG